AUGGAUACAGGCGAUGGGGGAGAGGCGUACACUAUUCUGUCGUGCACGUCGCAGGACUCAGAAUCGCACCCGGCGACAGCGGUGAAGAGCCCGACGGCGACCACCUACUGGCAAACACAGGCCCCCGAGAAAAAGGCUGCCCUCGAGCUUGCCCUCGCCACACCCGUUCAGAUUCAACGGAUCGUCAUCGGCAAUGCGGGGGCAGCGUUUGUGGAGAUACUGGUGGGCAAGAGCACCUCGCGUCCGAUCGACUAUCAGGUCCUGCAACCCAUCAAGCCACUCUGUACCAUGAGCGAGAGCAAGUCGGGCGCAAACCGCUACAGCGGCUAUUCGUUUGCGGACAAGUUCGAGCGCAAUGUGGCCAAGCAGACGUGGGACCGGGUGAAGCCCUGGAAUGUCGGUCCGCUCGGUCUGUCCUUCGUGAUCAUCAACCCCACCACCGAUGUGUCUCACCUGCUGAAGCCGAGCGUCGGUUUGAGUGCUCCGCCAAAGCCUACCACCGCAACUACUACUCCCAGCACCACGACGUCGGCCUCGUCUAGCAAGCCCACCAGCGCGGCAACCAAGAUCGCACCUCCGCUUCCUAAGCCCACCAGUAACGAGAAGGCCAAGGAAGAGAAGAAGGCUGACGAAAGCGUGCCGCUCAACAAACUCUUGGCUGGCGUUACGUUUGUGAUAUCGGGCAUCCAGAAUCCUCAGCGCGCCGACAUUCGUGACAAGGCCACGAAAAUGGGCGCCAAGUACCAGCAAAACUGGGACAACCGCGCUACGCAUCUGAUCUGCGCAUUCCAGGACACCCCCAAGUAUCGCGAGGUGAAGGGCAAGGGUGGGAUCAUCGUAAAGCCCGAGUGGAUCGUGCACAGCUUUGCGCAGAAGAAGCGGCUCCCUCUGACCAAGUACACCUUUGAGAAAGUGAAAGAAGACGAAGAGGAGGAAGUCGAGAAACAGGGCCACACGGCCGGCGGCGGCGCGCCGAUGGAAGAGGAAGAGGAGGAGGGGCUGCUGGACCGAAGGAAGGCGAAGAAUCGCCCGCCAGCGCCGGAGGCCAAGGAAGACGACAGCGACACGGAGGAAAUGGACGAGCUAGACCUCGGACCCACGCUCCCCAUCGCGCUGCCGACCGAAGCCGAGCACGAGGGAGGCGACGACGAUGACGACAUGCUCCCCACGUUGCCUAUUGCCCGAGACUACGACGACGACGUACCGACGUACAAAGCCAAAGUCGAUAAAGGCAAGGGCAAGGGCAAAGGCAAAGGCGACGCGGAGGAGGAAGAAGAGGGUACGGAGGAGAUCGACGAGUUGGACUUGCUGCCCACCCUGCCCAUCUUCGAAUACCAGCAGGCCAAGCAGACGAAAGGCCCGCCCAAGGCAAAGAGCGAAAGCGACACAGCCGACUCAGCAAACAAGCGGCAGGAGCGAAAGAGCGAUCCCGAAGACAAAAACGAGGAGGAGGAGGAGGACGAAGGGUACGAUCUGCCCACGCUGGCCAUGGACCACGCCUACAGUGCCAAGAAGAGCGAGGCGCGCCGCGUCGAAGGCGACGAGGAGGGCGACACCGAGGAAAUGGAAGAGGAGGGGGACGACCUCAACGCCACACUGCCCAUCCCCGAGUACGCCGAGCCCACGAAGAAGCUGGAGAAGCCGACUCCGCCAGCCGCGUCGGCAACGGCGGCGACCAAGCAGGCCGGGAAAGAGGAGGACGAGGACAGUGGCACGGAGGAGAUGGACGAAGUGGAUCUCCUGCCCACGCUCCCCAUAGUCGCCGCCACAACAAUGAUGGAAGCCAAGUCGUCGUCGUGGUCGGUGGGAAAGCGGAAGCGGGAAGUAAGCAAGGAGGAAGAGUCGAGCGGCACCGAGCCGCUGAGCGAUGUGGACGCGCCGCCCUUCACCGAAGACAAGUUGCUGGCGAAGAAGGGCGCGGCGGCGGCGGCGACGACGAAGGCAUCGCAGCCGCUGGCCAAGAAGCAGAAGCCCGAGCCGACGACAGCCAAAGCCAAGGACAGCGAAGUGCUGGGCAAGCUGUUUGCCGUGCGCCCUUUGCCGGACUUCCUCGAUGGGGUCAACGUGUUCUUUCACGGCAAGUCGUUCGACGACGACAUGCGCAGGCUGCUGCAACGAUACAUUGUGGCCUACAAGGGAAGAGUGUCGCCCUACCUGUACGAAGACGUCACGCACGUGGUCACCACCGACGACUGGGGGAAGGACUUUGAGCGCGCCCUCAAGGAGCAUCCGGGCCUCGUGAUCGCGCGUCCAGAGUGGGUGCUCGAGUGCCACAUCCAACAGAAACGCGUCAACACCGCCGCUUACCGCCUGUCCCCCUGA